CUUCCCGGUGGUUUUCCUCUCUGUUUACCAGAAUCCAUCAGAGACCAGAUUCUGCAGUCCAGCAUCACCUGGACUCCAUAUUCAUGCUGCUGGAGGACAACAUGGUGACUUUUGUGAAGAAGGAGCUGAAGAAGAUGCAGAAGCUUGUGAGUCCAGAUUACCCAGAAUGCUCAGAGAGUCAGAGGGAGAAUGAGGAGGAGUUGGAGGGUGGUGAUGAAGAUGAGAGGAGCAGCAGAGAGAUGUUUGAGCAGAUCACAGUGUUGUUCCUGAGGAGGAUGAAGCAGGAGAAGCUGGCUGACUGUCUGCAGAGCAAACUUGCUGCUGGAGUUUGUGGACGUGAACUUAAAUGUGGUCUGAAGAAGAAGUUCCAGAGAGUGUUUGAGGGCAUCGCUAAAGCAGGACAGAAGACCCUCCUGAAUGAGAUCUACACAGAGCUGUACAUCACAGAGGGAGGGACUGCAGAGGUCAAUGAUGAACAUGAGGUCAGACAGAUUGAAGCAGCAUCCAGGAAAGCAGACAGAGCAGAAAGAAGCAUCAGAGCAGAAGACAUCCUUAAAGGCUCACCUGGAAGAGAUGGACCAAUCAGAACAGUGAUGACAAAGGGAGUGGCUGGCAUCGGGAAAACAGUGUUAACACAGAAGGUGACUCUGGACUGGGCUGAAGACAAAAGCAACCAGGACAUCCACUUCAUGUUUCCAUUGACUUUCAGAGAGCUGAAUGUGGUGAAAGAGAGAAAGUUCAGCUUGAUGGAACUUGUUCAUCACUUCUUCAGUGAAACCAAAGCAGCAGGAAUCUGCAGCUUUGAAUACUUCCAGGUUGUGUUGAUCUUUGAUGGUCUGGAUGAGUGUCGCCUUCCUCUGGACUUCCACAACAAUGAGGUCCUGACUGAUGUUAGAGAGUCCACCUCAGUGGAUGUGCUGCUGACAAACCUGAUCAGGGGGAAUCUGCUUCCCUCUGCUCGCCUCUGGAUAACCACACGACCUGCAGCAGCCAAUCAGAUCCCUCCUGACUGUGUGGACAUGGUGACGGAGGUCAGAGGGUUCACCGACCCACAGAAGGAGGAGUACUUCAAGAAGAGAUUCAGAGAUAAGAGGAAGGCCAGCAGGAUCAUCUCCCACAUGAAGAAGUCACGAAGCCUCCACAUCAUGUGCCACAUCCCAGUGUUCUGCUGGAUCACUGCUACAGUUCUGGAGGAGCUGCUGAGAAGCAGAGAGGGAGGAGAUCUGCCCAGAACCCUGACUGAGAUGUUCAUCCACCACCUGGUGGUUCAGGCCAAAGUCAAGAAGGUCAAGUAUGAUGGAGGAGCUGAGACAGAUCCACACUGGAGUCCAGACAGCAGGAGGAUGAUUGAGUCUCUGGGAAAACUGGCUUUUAAUCAGCUGCAGAAAGGAAACCUGAUCUUCUAUGAGUCCGAUCUGACAGAGUAUGGCAUCGAUGUGGAAGCAGCCUCAGUGUACUCAGGAGUGUUCACACAGAUCUUUAAAGAGGAGAGUGGACUGUACCAGGACAAGGUGUUCUGCUUCGUCCAUCUGAGUGUUCAGGAGUUUCUGGCUGCAGUCUACGUGUUCCACUGUUACACCAACAGGAACCAGAAGGUUCUGGAGGACUUCCUGGGAAAAGAUUGGAAAGACAAGAACAGAGACACUCUGGAUGUGUUCCUGAACAGAGUCAUGGAGAAAUCCCUCAGCAGUAAAAAUGGUCACCUGGACCUGUUUGUUCGCUUCCUUCAUGGCCUCUGUCUGGAGUCCAACCAGAGACUGUUAGGAGGUCUGCUGGGUUGGACAGAGAACCAUCCAGAAAUGAUCCAGAGAGUUAUCAGCAACCUGAAGAAGAUGAACAGUUAUAAAAUGUCUCCAGACAGAAGCAUCAACAUCUUCCACUGUCUGAUGGAGAUGAAUGAUCUCUCAGUACAUCAGGAGAUCCAAGAGUUCCUGAAGUCAGAGAACAGAUCAGAGAUAUUUCUCUCUGCGAUUCACUGCUCAGCUCUGGCCUACAUGCUGCAGAUGUCAGAGGAGGUUCUGGAUGAGUUGGACCUGAAGAAGUACAGAACAUCAGAGGAGGGAAAACGGAGACUGAUUCCAGCUGUGAGGAACUGCAGAAAGGCUGGACUUUCUAACUGUGGACUCUCAGAGAGUCACUGUGAAAUCGUGGCCUCAGCUUUGAAGUCCAACCCCUCCCAUCUGAUAGAACUGGACCUGAGUGGAAACGAAAUCCAGGAUUUAGGAGUGAAGCAUCUUUCUGCUGGACUGCAGAGUCCAAACUGUAAACUGGAAGCUCUCAGAUUGGUGAACUGCAGUUUGUCAGAGAUCAGCUGUGAUUCUCUGGUCUCAGCUCUGAAGUCCAAUCCCUCCCAUCUGGAACAUCUGGACCUGAGCUACAACAACCUGCAGGAUUCAGGAGUGAAACAUCUGUGUGGUUUUCUGGAGAGUCCAGACUGCAUCCUGAAGACUUUGAGAUUGGUGGACUGCAGUUUGUCAGAGAUCAGCUGUGAUUCUCUGGUCUCAGCUCUGAAGUCCAACCCCUCCCAUCUGGAACAUCUGGACCUGAGUGGAAACAAGCUGCAGAAUUCAGGAGUGAAACAUCUGAGUAGUUUUCUGGAGAGUCCAGACUGCAUCCUGAAGACUCUGAGAUUGAUGUACUGCAGUUUAUCAGAGAUCAACUGUGAUUCUCUGGUCUCAGCUCUGAAGUCCAACCCCUCCCAUCUGGAACAUCUGGACCUGAGUGGAAACAAGCUGCAGGAUUCAGGAGUGAAACAUCUGUGUGGUUUUCUGGAGAGUCCAGACUGCAUCCUGAAGACUCUGAGGUUGAUGAGCUGCAGUUUGUCAGAGAUCAGCUGUGAUUCUCUGGUCUCAGCUCUGAAGUCCAACCCCUCCCAUCUGGAACAUCUGGAGCUGAGUGACAACGACCUGCAGGAUUCAGGAGUGAAACAUCUGAGUGGUUUUCUGGAGAGUCCAGACUGCAUCCUGAAGUAUCUGGGAUUGGUGAACUGCAGUCUGUCAGAGAUCAGCUGUGAUUCUCUGGUCUCAGCUCUGAAGUCCAACCUCUCCCAUCUGGAACAUCUGGACCUGGGCUGGAACAACCUGCAGGAUUCAGGAGUGAAACAUCUGUGUGGUUUUCUGGAGAGUCCAGACUGCAUCCUGAAGGAUCUGAGAUUGGAGAGCUGCAGUUUGUCAGAGAUCAGCUGUGAUUCUCUGGUCUCAGCUCUGAAGUCCAACCCCUCCCAUCUGGAACAUCUGCACCUGAGCUGCAAUGACCUGCAGGAUUCAGGAGUGAAACAUCUGAGUGGUUUUCUGGAGAGUCCAGACUGCAUCCUGAAGACUCUGAGAUGGGAGUGAUGCUGAUCAGGACGGUGUUUGUGGUGAGAGGAUGAAGUGUGUCCUGAUGAUCCAGAGGUUGAAGCAGCAGCAGCUGGUGUGUAGAGACUCUGACUGGACCAUGUUACUGGGAGGUGGACUGGGAACCAGUGUAAAGUGUGUUGUUAUCGCUGUGUAGUUUAGUGUUGCAGCUCCACACUGUGAAUGAUGGAGAACUGCAGUUAAUGUUGACAUGAAACGUUGGAGGUUGAUGUCAGGUUGCAGAGUGUGCAGUAAGUUUUAGGAUGUUUGUGUCAGUGCAGGAUUAUAUUUCAGUUGACUUUCUAUUUCCAGCUGCAGUCAAAGUUGUUGCGCUUCUCUACCUGCAACACAUUGAGCUGAUGAGAACAAAGUGUCCUGGAAACAUGUCAGCUGAAGCCUUGGAGCCCAGAGAGAGUUUAAUGAAGCACAUUUUAGUGGGUUUUGAUCACAUCAUGUUGAGGAGACAAACAGCUCUGAAGAUGAAUCCAGUUUAGUCCUCAAAGGUCCAGAAGCAGCUUGUUGAGCUCAGAGUUCAUAUUUAAUGUCAACAUCCUUUGACCUUUCUGAGCUCCAGUAAAUGUUUCUUCUAGUUUCUCUCUUCUUCACCUUCACUCGGUUCCUCGUGUUCAGAAGCUUCCAGAUCACUGAUAUUCUUUGUUUUCUGAGCUGCUGCUUUCUUUAAAUCCCUCCAAAGAUUUUAACUGGGAUUAAAUCCAGGACUGAGAAGAACCUCCAGGACUUUCCAGGAAGGAUUCCUGAAGCAGACUUUGGUGGACGUUUGCUUUGGAUGCUGGUCCUGCUGAAAGUCCAAUGAGCUUCAGUUUCCUCACAUUGUUCUUGUAACUGUCCUGGUGUUUGAGAGAAUCCAUGCUGCUGCUCACACGCUCCAGUUUAGCAGCUUCAAAGCCACCAACAGGACUGUUGAUGCUGUUCUUCUGGUCCUUCUGCCUCCAGACGUUCUGCCCAAACAGUCCACUUUAGUCUCAUCAGUCCAUCAGACUCCCAGAACUCUGCUUUGUUCCACACAUGAAGAUCUUGUUGUUCAGUGUUGUCAGACUUUAGUUCUUGUCUUCAUCAGGUCCUGCAGCUCUUGUUUUUCCACUAAAAUGUUGACAGGAUAAACACCAACUCCUAACAGUCUGUAAACUGUUGUUCCAUUUAUUCUUUUUCUUGUGUUAUUUGUUUAUUCUUAUAUUUAUCAUGCAUAGUUUAAAUGUAUCCAUUGAUUCUGUUAUUUCAUUCAUUUCAACCAACUUAUUCAGUUUUGUCUCGUGUUAAAAACUGUAACUACAAUUAUUUCCAUUGUGUUUUGAAUCAUUUGACCAGAAGCGCUGCGUAUGAACAAGUUGUGUUGCUUCAUUAACUUGAUGUUGGAGUUUCACUCUUUUGCCACCAGAUCACCAAAUCCACCACUCCAGAGUUUUCAUGAUGUGUGAGGUCAGGGCAAUAGGUCUGUAGUCCUUUAGUUCAGCCGGACAUUUGAUUUUUGGUACCGGUACAACACAGGAUGUUUUCCAGAGAGCAGGAACCCUCCCAGCUGUAGACUCAGGUUGAAGAUCCUGUGGAGAGGUUGACACAGUUGUGCAGCACAGUCUUUAAGCAGCCUUGGACAUCCACCAUCUGGACCAGCUGCCUUCCCAGAGCAAAGCCUCUAAAGCUCCAACAUCAGCCCUGUCUCUGUGACAGAGAAGGAUACAGGUUCUAGAAGGGAAGUGGCUGCAGCUGUGGAGCCAUGUAGGAGAUGGAGGAGGAGAAGGAGGAGCUAUAGUGGGGAUUUCCUUAUGUUGAGGAGGAGAAAGAGGAGCAGCAGUGGAAGUAGGUGUGUCCACAGUGUUAAAUCUGUGUCAAAUCACCCAUGAUUGGCUCCCUCCUCUUUUUAUUGUGUCCACAGAUGGUACUGAUUCCUCUCCACUCAUCACGGAUGUUGCUGUGUUGAAAAUUCCUCUAUCUUCUUCUUGUAUUCCAUCUUUGCCAUGUUCAGUCUGCUCUUCAACUCAUGUUGCUCUGAAAUUAAAUCUUUAAUUCAAUUUUGUGUUUGUUUUCAUGUUGAAUGUCUGGAUUUAAUGAAUACAGUUGUAUUUUGGAGUAUUAUGAAUUCUUAUUCAGAGAAAACACUCAAUGAUGGAUCACUCUAUUCAACAUUACACGCUCAGUACUGAUUUAAUGAGUAUUUUCUUUCAUUUCACGUGUUCGUAUUUAAAAUUACUCGUAUUUAAACAGGAUUACAGUGAAACAGCUUUGAAAGAAUUAAAAUGCCACACUGUUUUCCUGAUCAGUCCCUUCAAAUUAAAGCUCCACAGUCUGAGUGUUGACCUCAUCAGACUGGAAAUGAGUCUAUUUAUCAAUUCAAAGAAUCAUUUUACAUUUCUUCUUUGCUCCCAAAAUCAUUUCAGCAGCUGAAAGAAUGAAACUAAAAGUGUCUUUCAUCCAUCAGUCAGACUUAACGUGACAUUACUGAAUCAUCAUCCACAUCGCCAUGACAACAGUCUGAUUUCAACACUGGAUUAUUAUUGGUCAAAUAAUUAUAGUAUGUUGCUCAAAAACAUAAUAUAUACAGCUCAUUAAAUGUCUUAAAUGUGAUUAUUUUCUGCGUUCUUUCCUCAUCUUGGACAGUCAGAAACACUGAUCAUCUGAACAUUUAUAGACCAAGCAGUUCAUCAUUUAAUGCAAAUAAUAAUAAAAACAUAUUUCAUCACAGAGGAAACGUCAUAUCAUUUAUUCUUCAGUGCCAACUGGCUGCAAAUUGUGACGUUUAACUGAUCAGAUGGUGUUUGGUGAGAUGCUGCUGGAGAUCACAGUAUUAAAGUGUCUACAAAUGUGUCAUGUGUGUUUGAUGUAGAGUCUUUAUUAAACAUGUGAGACUUUA